AUGGAACAUGAAACAAAAAGUUUUGAUGAGAAAGAAGAAUAUAAAAAACUUUUUAAAAUUCGUGAUGAAAUAUUUAUGAAUAUGCAAGCAACCAUGCAAUCAUCUGGAAUGGAGUUUUUUAAUUCAAAUAUGAAGAUUAAGCCUCCUUUAAUAAAAUCAAAAUCGUUAGGGCCCCAAAGAUAUCCUCAAACCUUAUCAAAGACAUUUUUGAAGUAUAAACAAUUACCAAGUCCUUCUGCAGAUGUUUCUUUAGAAGAUGAUAGAAGCAGACUUGAACGAAUGCUUCGUGCAAGGAUUGAGAAGAGGAAAGCAGAUGCUAAGUUAUUAAUGGAGCAAGGACCAUCUAAAAAGCAUAUUGAACAAAAAACAUUUUCAAGUCAAAUUCAUUAUAAAAAAAAUAUAAAAACAUGGGAUGAGAUAAAACAAAACAAAGAAGCAUCUAAUUGCGAUAUGAUUUUUUCUCCUUCAGAUAUUCAGAAGGAUUCAUCUCCUGACCUUAAACAUACUCAGAAAUUAUCGGUAUCUAAAUCUUUUGCUUACCAUAACGAAGAAUCAAAAUAUAAUGAAACAUACAAUGAAAAUAAUGAACAGGCCAUUGACUUUUCUUCAUCCUCUAUGGCUAUUCCAGGAUUAAGAGUUUCUGCCCAUAUUUGUGAAGAAAAUAUAGGAAAAUCUACAAUGCCUACAAUAACACAAAAUGUAAAAGAAAAUACACGCAAUAAUAAAGUUAUAUCGGGUAACUCAUCUAUCAAAUCUCCCAGUUUAUCUUUAGAAUCUAAAUUAACAUCUCAUGAUUUUCAAACAUAUGAGUCAAACAUACAAAACACAUCAAGAUCAUCUUCUUUUGAAUAUAAACCACGAUCGCCGACUUCUCGUCCUCAUUUAUCUCUUCUAUCAUCCCCUAAAGUAGCAGAAAAUAUUGAUGAAUCAGAAAAAUUAACAGAAACUAAAUCUGUUUCAGAAUCAAAAUUACAUUAUUCUCAUAUAACUAAAGAAAAUUCGAAGAUUGAAGAUGAAGCGAAAAAUUUAAAGGAAAACAAAAGGAUAGAUUGUUAUACAGAACAAGGCGAUACAUCCAACUCAACUAAACAACAUCCUUAUGAACCUUACAAACAAAUAACCUCUCCAAGGCCAAUGCAUUGGAAACGUGAUUUUUAUCCAUAUUAUCAAAGACGAUCUACACCUACAUGGCAUGGUCCACAAAAUUAUUCAGGCCAUUUUCUGCCGAGAGAUGACCCAUCCACAUAUUAUCAGGAUAGAUCAUAUUUUUCUGCACAUCCUCCACCAUCAAUUGGAUUACAUAAUCUUUACACUGGUCCGUAUGACUAUGAUCCAUAUUAUAUCUCGGAAUUCCCACCAAUAAGGCCAUCUUUAUCACCACGAAUGACUCAUCUUUAUCCAUCACAUUCAAUUCAUUUUCCACAUGCUUCACCGUUUCAUCAAUCUCCAUCUUUGCAUAGAUACGCUCAUGAUAAAUAUUUCACACCCGCAUAUCUACCUCAUCCAUAUUUACUGCAUCAUUCGCCUCGAUAUGAUGAUUCAAUGACUUUUUCUCACGAUUCUGGUCAUUUUUAUCAACCUUCACGAAACACUUGCGAAUGGGAAAAUCUACGAAACUGUGAUUUAUCUAUAGAACAUUCUACAUCUUAUCCAUUGAGUUUUAGGGAACAAUAUGAAACAAUAUUACCCUAUGAAACAUAUCUACAUACUGAGCAAUCUAGUCUAGAUACAAAACAUUCUAUCAAUGAUAGAAACAACGAAUCAACUAAUUGGAACCGUGUUCGUUGAUUCAAUUGGAAC